AUGCAGCGAACAACAGGUUUACUGUUGUUUCUCCUUUCUCAUAUCGCCUAUGGCCAACAAUCUCUCUGGGGUCAAUGCGGUGGUAGUGCAUGGACAGGAUCAACUGUGUGCACGGCACAGGCAACAUGCACCACUUUGAAUCCCUACUAUGCGCAGUGUGUCUCUGCAAGUGCGACAACUAGCACAACAAGCGCCACCACGACGACCAAGACUACAUUGUUGACUACCACUACGUCCACCACCACUAAAGGAUCCACCACAUCCACCACUACAGCCCCUGCUACUACAAACAGUAGCAAUCCCUUCAGCGGCUAUCAACUCUAUGCAAACCCUUACUACUCCUCCGAAAUUUUCGCAUCGGCAAUUCCGUCCCUGACAAGCUCUCUCGCGGCAAAGGCUAGCAAUGUCGCAAAAGUUCCAACUUUUGUUUGGCUUGACACGGCCGCCAAGGUUCCGACCAUGGGAACCUAUCUUGCCGACAUCCAGUCACAGAAUGCCGCUGGUGCUAACCCGCCAAUUGCGGGCAUUUUUGUGGUUUAUGACCUGCCAGACCGCGACUGCGCCGCUCUCGCCAGCAACGGCGAAUACUCAAUCGCCGAUAAUGGAGUGGCGAACUACAAAGCGUACAUUGACUCAAUCAAGGCUCAGAUUGUGAAAUAUUCGGAUGUGCAGACUAUUCUGGUCAUUGAGCCCGAUAGCCUCGCCAACCUUGUUACCAAUCUAAAUGUGGCUAAAUGCGCCAAUGCCGAGAGUGCUUAUCUGGAGUGCGUCAACUAUGCGUUGAUCCAGCUCAACUUGCCAAACGUAGCCAUGUAUAUGGACGCGGGACAUGCCGGCUGGCUGGGCUGGUCAGCGAAUCUCCAACCGGCCGCUACGCUCUUUGCCAAUGUAUACAAGAACGCAUCGUCCCCCGCUGCUGUGCGAGGGUUAGCAACUAAUGUUGCUAACUAUAACGCCUGGACAAUCGACACUUGUCCAUCAUACACACAGGGAGACUCCAACUGCGACGAAAAGCUUUAUGUCAAUGCUCUUGCUCCUCUACUUGAUGCUGCAGGCUUUUCUGCUCAUUUCAUCACCGAUACUUCACGCAAUGGUGUCCAGCCAACUAAGCAAAAUGCCUGGGGUGACUGGUGCAAUGUCAUUGGUACUGGCUUUGGUGUUCGCCCCACAACUGAUACUGGGGACGUUCUUGAGGAUGCAUUUGUUUGGGUCAAGCCUGGCGGAGAAUGUGAUGGUACAUCAAAUACCACAUCGCCACGAUAUGAUGCACACUGCGGAUAUAGCGAUGCAUUACAGCCUGCCCCAGAAGCCGGAACAUGGUUCGAAGCCUAUUUCCAGCAGUUGCUUGUGAAUGCCAAUCCGUCUUUUUAA